GGAUUCAAAAUCUCAACUGGCCACUCGACUCCUUAUUAAUACAAGAUGCUCUAGGCACUCACCCUUCAACAAAGAUGUACACGUCCUACUUCACGUAAAUAAACAAGCAGAGAGCAUCUUCCAAAUUAAGGAGGAGGAGAAAAAAAUGACAGAGAAGACUGAAGCAGAGAAGACGCAAAUCAUGAAGGAAGAAGUCGAAGAGCCAUCCAUCAAAUACAGGGGCUGGAAAGCCAUGCCGUACGUUAUAGGAAACGAGACGUUUGAGAAGCUGGGGACGCUGGGGACGUCGUCGAACCUGCUGGUGUACCUCACGACGGUGUUUCAUAUGCAGAGCGUGACCGCGACGACGCUGCUCCAGGUUUUCAACGGGACUACUAACUUGGCACCGGUUUUCGGGGCGUUCCUAUCUGACACGUUCUUCGGGCGAUAUUGGACCCUGGGGGUUGCCUCAGUGUCGUCUCUCUUGGGAAUGCUCAUUCUCACUCUCACUGCGGCAAUAUCGUCACUCCAUCCUCCACAAUGCCAUAAUGGUCAACAUUGCCUCACCCCAACACGCACCCAACUAGCCGUCAUCCUCUCCUCCUUCCUCUUCCUAAUCAUCGGCGCUGGUGGCAUCCGACCCUGCAACCUCGCCUUCGGCGCCGACCAAUUCGAUCCCAAAACCGACUCCGGUCGAAAAGGCAUCGCCAGCUUCUUCAACUGGUAUUACUUCACCUUCACCUUCGCCAUGAUGAUCUCUGCCACAGUGAUAAUCUAUGUUCAGACUGAUGUUAGUUGGACAUUGGGGUUGGCGAUUCCGACUGUGCUCAUGUUCUUUUCUUGCGCGGUGUUUUUCGUCGGGACGAGGAUUUAUGUCAGGGUGAAGCCCGAGGGGAGUCCGUUUACCAGCAUUGCGCAGGUUUUUGUUGCUGCUAUUAGGAAAAGGAGAUUGGCAUAUCCUGAUGAUCCGCGGGGCUCGCUCUUUAAUCCUCCAUGCAAGAAUUCUCUCAAUUCCAAGCUUCCGAAAACUGACCAGUUCAGGUUUAUAGAAAAGGCCGCAAUCCUAGCAACAACAGACGAACUCAACCCCGACGGCUCUGCCACUAAUCCCUGGCUCCUAUGCACUUUACAACAAGUCGAAGAAGUAAAAUGCCUCCUAAGAAUCAUGCCCAUUUGGUCCGCAGGCAUUCUCUACUCUGUUGCAACUUUCACAAACUCGUCCUACGUUGUCUUCUCAGCUCUCCAAUCCAACAGACAUAUUUUCAAUACCAGCUUUGAAAUCCCAGCUGGUUCGUUCACCGUAUUCUCCAUGCUCGCUCUCUCAAUCUGGAUACCAAUUUAUGACCAAAUCAUAGUUCCAAAACUCCAGAGAGUCACCAAGAAAGGAGGCGGCAUCACAUUGCUACAGAGAAUUGGGGUCGGUAUACUUAUGUCAAUCAUAGGUAUGAUUGUCGCUGCAUUGGUCGAACAGAGAAGGAGGAGUUUCGCCAAUUCAAGAAUAAGUGGAGAUAUUUCGUCUAUGUCGAGCCUUUGGUUGGUUCCUCAGCUUACAAUUAUAGGAAUUUCAGAAGGGUUUAGUAUGAUUGGUCAGGUUGAGUUCUAUUAUAAGCAGUUUCCUGAAAAUAUGAGAAGUGGAGCGGGUUCUUUGGUGUUUUUGGGCGGCGCUGCGGGGAAUUAUUUGAGUGGUUUGAUUAUUACAGUGAUUCAUAGAGCAACUGGAGGAGAUGGGAAGAGGAAUUGGUUGGAUGAGGAUUUGAAUAAAGGGAGAUUGGAUUACUUUUAUUUCUUGAUUGCGGUUAUUGGAGGGAUGAACUUCAUGUAUUUCAUCGCUUGUGCUAGGUGGUAUAGGUAUAAAAAUUCGGAUACCGAGAUGGAGAUUUCUUUGGAGGAGAAGAAAACCAAUGAUGCAUUGGUUUGAGGUAAAUUGUCAUGGAAAUUUGAAGAUUUCUAAUGGAGAAUGACGUAGAACUAUUACAAACAUAUGCUAUUGUGUAACUGCAAAAGUUGAUGGUAGUAGUAUAUUCAGGAUCUCUUGGCAGCGGUAUACAAUUUUACUGCACCAAGAGAGUUGUAACAGUUAUUUUAGUGAGCACCAAUAAAUCUAAAAUAAUUGUUACCAAUA